UCAUCGCCAACGUUUCGGGCACUUGAGGGCGCCGCAUUAAAAACCGAAGUCCCAACCCGCCCAAAAUAAGAAACUAGGUUUUCGUCAUAUAAGAGUCCUUCAGCUUCAAAACUCGCUGUCUCGGCUGCACGCCUGUUUCUCCGCCUCCUCUGGUUCCUAGAUCCUUAACAAAAAAUCUUUUAUACGCUCACAAGAAAGAUGCAGAAUGAGGAGGGACAGAUUACUGAACUUUACAUUCCAAGGAAAUGCUCUGCAACAAAUAGAUUGAUAACGGCAAAGGACCAUGCCUCCGUGCAGAUUAACAUUGGGCAUUUGGACGAGAAUGGUAUCUACAAUGGUCAUUUCUCCACAUUUGCUCUAUGUGGUUUCAUUCGUGCCCAGGUGGAAACAAGGGAUGGCACGAAGGAAGAUGAUGAUAUUGUUGAGGUUUUGGAAACUGAUUUCCCAUGGCGAUGUCACUGCCAUUGCUGAAGCAAGGGAUGGCACAGAGGAAGAUGAUGACAUUGUUGAGGUUUUGGAAAUUGAUUUUCGACGGUGAUGUCGCCGCCAUCACUGAGGACUUCCUUGGAUGCGAUGGGGUUUCAAUCGCCGACCAAAUGGUUUCGAAAGGAAGAACUGACAAAGUGAAUCAGUGAAGAACAAAACCCAUAGCACCCUCCAUGACUUCUCUCUACAAAUUGAUAAGAGAGGGGGAUGAAGACAAAACGACAGGGAGCAGUGGAAGUGGAAUCAGUGAGGGAGGAGGUCAUUGAUGUUGGUGAAGGGAAUAGAAUGAGUGAUGGCGGUUGAGCAGCGGAGUUGUAAUAUCACGCUCCACUGUCGGCUACACCAAUUCCCAGCCAAAAAAAAUAAACAAGAAGAAGCAAACUCAAAUUAACAUUCACCUUCAACAUUAAAAACCACCAUCGGACCCAUUCCAGAAAUUGCCACCUACCUUCAUCACCUAAUCCAUUGGAAUCAUUCCAAACCAAUACACCCCAUACUAAAAAAAAAAAUGGCAAACCCAUUUCAACACCCACUUCCAUCACCAAACCAAAAUUUCAAAUCCCAACCUUGUCAAACCUCUCUAGGUUGAGGCCAUGGGUUCAUCUUCAUUUUUCAAGCUUCAAAAAUCAGAUCUACAUUUUACGCCAAAAAAAAAUCAAACAAUCAUCCAUCAAGAACCAAAUUUCAUAAAGACCAACAAAAGAAAAAGAGAAUCGGAGCAUCACUAUAAGCAUCGACCAAAGCAAGGGGUUGUAGAUCAAAAUCAAAGCAAAUGACUACAAGCGUCGACCACAAGAUAAAAAAUCGAGAGGGAGGGAGGGAGUUGAAAAUAGUGUGAGAUGAGUGCCGUUGAAGACCAAAGUUGAUGGCAUUGUUGCUGUUAGGUAGGGAUGGUGUUGAUGGCCUUGUUGCUAUUCGGAGCGGGAUGAGUGUUGAAAAUGGUGGUGGGGUGGAAUGUUGAAAAUCUGAGUGGGGUGGAGGGGCAAAUCUGUCUUAAAAUUUGAUUAGUGGUACAAUUCUAUGGAACUCAUCUCAUUUUCAUGGGUCUCUUCAUGGAAUCCAAUUCAACCACUUUUGGUGAAAUUCAAUUCCAUUUGGAAAUCAAAUUCAGGCAUACCAAACUAACAUUUUUUUUUUCAAUUGCAUAUCCAUUUCUAAAUCCAUGUUUUAAAUUCUAGCGUAUCAAAUGGAACCUUGAUGCUUUUGAUGUCAUUGUAGUGGAGGGUUGCCCAUGGGACAUGUGGUUAUAUGGCAUGCUGUGAUAUUGAUAAUGUCAUUUAAGGUGCAUGUCUAAGGCGAGUCUUGUGAUAACGUUUUUUUUUCCAGGGAGAUGCUGAUAGUGCAUUAGAUCGUUUAUGGCAGAAGAAGAAAGUCGAAG